AUGGAUGCUAUCCUCGACACCCACUUUCAGCGCGUGGAAGCCGCACUCAACACGCUCGUCAACUCGAUAACCUCCUACAAUCCGUCCGAGAAAGCAGCAGACGACCUAGUAGCAGCAGAUGACCAGCUUCUCCAAGGACUUGAGCAACUAGCAACCCACCAAGCGAACCACCAGCGCAUCCUCCACCUCCGCCAAACCGCCGACGCCCUAACCGCGCAAGCAAAAUCAAAACUUCGCUCCCUCGCCGACGCCCGCAAAGAGCUCAUCAACACGCCCGUGAGCACCUUUCCCGCGUCCUCCAAAGACGUCCCUUUCGACGAACUCCUCAGCUACGCAAAGCGCAUCGCUAAGUUCACCCUCCCGCCCAACUACCGGCCCGCACCCUCUCCUCCCAAGCCAUCAGCGCCCGACGCAACUCCCAAGCCCCCCGACGACACGCAGCUGGCGAACGGCACCUCCGGCACGCCCGCCGUGGCCGACAGCGCGAUCGCCGCAGCCCCAAACCCCGACCCCCAAGCCGACCUGCCCAAAGACGAAGGCGUCGCCCUCGCAACCCUGACCCGAGAGCAGCGCGACUGGCUCGACUCAAUGUCGCACACCCCCUUCGUGCCAUGGCCGAGCGAGGCGGUGAUCCAGCGGGGCGGGCUGAUGGAGAUACAGCGGAUGCUGGAGCGGGGGCGAGACCCGGCGGCUGUGCUGCCGCCGGAGGAGCAGGAGGCGGAGGAGAGACGGAGGGCGGAGGAGGAGGAAAGCCGGAAGAGGGAGGAGGAAGAGGAGGAGGGGAGAAGGAGGGAGGCGUGGGCUGCGCAGUCGGCGAGGAGGGGCGAGGGACAGGGGGCGGUAUUUGGUGGGUUGGAUCUGUAUGAUCCGGAGGAGGACGAGUGA